UGUGUCUCACUUCACUUGGAUGUAAUGUUCAGUUAUAUGUUCUAAAUAAUACGAGAUUAGUUUCGUUUUAUUCAAAAUCCUUUUGUAUAAAUUGCUCUUGCAUUUUGUCAUUAUAUUUCUUCAUGGAAUUAUAAUAUAAAAGAUAAUCCGUCGUAACGGCAUGCUAAAUCUUCUAAAGCAUGACGAUCAGGACAUUUAUGCGCCUGAGUGAUACCACGAGCAGAUGUGUUUUGAAGUUACCAUCUUAUACAGUUAAAUUACACAUACCAUAUACGUACAGAAAUGUAAGAGGUUUUAGACGAUUAAAGAAUUCUUUCAAACAACCUGAAAGUCCUUUUACAAGACUUAAUGCUGAAAAUAGACCUGUUCAAUUUUCCAAGUUGUUAAAACCAUUUGUUUUUACUAUUACGUUUACAGGAGUUACAAUAGUUACAACAGCAAUUUGGGAAUAUGAAAGUAUUAGGAAGCAAACAUAUAAAAUAAUUAAUCAUUUCAGACAAUAUUACAAUGUUAAAACAGGAUGGCGGAAAGAAAUGGAAGCAUGGUGGAGAAAUUUAACAGAUGGGCAAAGAAUGUUCGCACCUAUAUGUUUCUUAAAUGUUCUUGUAUUUCUUGCAUGGAGAGUACCUGCAUUACAAAAUAUAAUGCUAAGAUAUUUUUGUGCCAAUCCUGCUUCUAGUGCAUCAUGUUGGUCUAUGAUAUUAUCAACAUUUUCACAUUAUUCUUUAUUACAUUUGGCUGCUAACAUGUAUGUACUACAUAGUUUUAGUACAGGAAUUGUAGCAUCUUUAGGCAAAGAACAAUUUUUGGCACUUUAUUUAAGCAGUGGUGUCAUUUCUAGUUUUGCUAGUCAUUUCUAUAAAGUUGUAUUUGGUUUACCUGGUCUAUCUGUAGGAGCUUCAGGUGCAAUCAUGGGCGUUCUUGGAUUUGUCUGUACAGAGUAUCCAGAUACUCGUCUAGCUAUAUUUUUUCUUCCUAUGUUCACAUUUACUGCGAGUAUGGCAAUUAAAGUAACAAUGACUCUAGACUUUACAGGCUGCGUAUUAGGAUGGAAAUAUUUUGAUCAUGCUGCACAUUUAGGUGGUGCAUUAUUCGGAAUAUUUUGGCAAGCUUGGGGCAAUGCUAAUAUUUGGCGAAAACGGGAACCAAUAUUAAUGUUUUGGCAUGAAUUACGAAAUCCACGCAAAUCACAAUAAAUAUCGACUUUUAUAAGGAGGUAUUAUCGUGAAGAAAAAAAUUACAGAAUGUUAACAUGUUUAAUAUAUUUUUAUUGUUAACAAUUUUUAUGUAUAUCAUAAGAAAACUAUAAAAAGGUGGAGAGAAAAAGGCAAAGAAUAAUGAGCGUAAUUUAUCUGUAGCUUUGUUCAAAUGAAAGAAAUCAUAUAUUGAUUCUUUUGCAGUUUAUUUUAUUUUGUUGUACUAAUUUUAAUUUCAUUAUACUAAUCUAAAAGAAUUUUUUAUUAGUAAAAACUGUGAUAUAAAUUUUGAUAAAAAAUAUCUUUAAUUCUUUAAGUACUUCAUAUGAUGUUUAAUAUGAUCUUCGAUAAAUGUAGCUAUAAAAUAAUAACUAUGAUCAUAAGCUUCUUGAAAUCUUAAAACCAAAGGUAAUCCAGCAUCUUUUGCAGCAUUCAAUAAGUUUUCAGGCAAUAGUUGACCCUGUUUUAAGAAAUUAUCUUCUUUUCCCUAAAAUUAAUAUAUUUUUAAUAUUUAUUUUCUUUAUUUAUACAACAUUAGAUUUUUUACGUUUGACUAAGUUAAACCUGAUCUAUUAAAAUAUCCAAAGGAGGACCAUUGUAUUUUUUAGCUAAUUCUGUAGCAUCCCAGUCAUUCCAUAAGACAUUGUUUUCUGUUUCUCCAAAAUAGUUAGAGAAUGCCUUUUUACCCCAUGGGCACUGAAUUGGAUUACUAAUAGGAGCAAAUGCAGAAACCGAUUUGUACAUACCUGGAUUUUUAAGUGCACAGAUCAGUGCCCCAUGACCUCCCAUACUAUACAAAUAAUCAACGUUAAAAAUAUUAUUAACAUUAUGUCGAAAUAGCAAUUUUUGUAUUACUGUCAUACCUAUGACCCAUUAUAGACUGUUUAUCAGAGAGUAUCGGGAAUUUUUCAUUAAUCACUGAUGAUAAUUCUUUAGUAAUAUAACUGUACAUCUUGUAA